AUGGAUCAUUUGAAGAGGUUAUCGAAAAUCGUGAACGCCGAUAAUUCGACAGCACCUUUCACGCUGACUUCAUUCAUUGAGCAGAGGUAUUUGGGUGUUUUGUUACGUUUCCGUCCGACGUUCAGCGAUGAUCGCUUCUAUUCGAAACGUAGCACAAUAGCGUUGAGUCUUUGUCAUAUGAUGCAAAUUAUUCACGAUGAAGGAACGAAUUUCUUAGAUACGACAGCGACGAAGAUGUUAGCCGUUUUACGAGUGCUCACACCACUGGGACACCUAUCAAUUGCACCGUGGCGAACGUUUAUCGAAACCCUGUCUGAUGAGGUGAAAGGGGCAAUUAUUAUAAUCAGCGCUUUUCGUCGUUUUAUUAGUCAUGGAUGA